GCUGGGGGCGGACAUUUUCCGUGAAGGGACCGUCCGGCGGCUCCUAGCUGGCCUGAGCCGGACACGGAGGCCCGGGAGCGGCCAGCAUGGAUGACCACAGCCUGGAGGAGUUCCGCCAGCGAUGGCAGGAGGAGCUGGCGCAGGCACAGGCUCUGAGGAGGCGGCGGCGGCCCGAGGCCGGGGAGCGGCGGGCGCGGAGGCCCGAGGCGGUGGUGGGGCGCGGCGAGCAAGCCCCAGGGUACCUGGCGCUGGCGCAGGGCCUGCUGGAGGGCGCUGGCCGGCCCCCGGCGACCAGGCCGGGCAGGGCCGAGAGGAGGGACGCGGCCAGCCGCUCCCGCUCGCCCCCGGGCCGUGAUGCCUCGGCGCCCGGAGAGCAGCUGGUCGACCAGCUCAUCCGCGACCUGAAUGAGAUGGACGAUGUGCCCUUCUUUGAUGUGCAGCUGCCUUAUGAAUUGGCAAUCAACAUAUUUCAGUAUCUGGACAGAAAGGAACUAGGAAGGUGUGCACAGGUGAGCAAGACAUGGAAGGUGAUUGCCGAAGACGAGGUGCUGUGGUACAGGCUGUGCCAGCAGGAAGGAUACCUUCCUGAGAGCAGCAUCUCUGACUAUUCAUCCUGGAAACUCAUCCUCCAAGAGUGCCGUGCCAAGGAACACAUGCUAAGAACCAACUGGAAGAACCGCAAAGGCGCCGUGAGCGAGCUGGAGCACAUUCCGUAUGCUGUUCUGUGUGACGUGCGUUCUUAUGAUGGCGUUGUCAUUGCUGGAUACACAUCAGGGGACGUGAGGGUGUGGGACACCCGCACCUGGGACUAUGUGGCCCCCUUCCUGGAAUCAGAGUCUGAGGAGGAUGAGCCUGGAAUGCAGCCAUAUGUGUCCUUUGUAAGGAUCAACAGCUCACUGGCGGUGGCAGCUUAUGAGGAUGGAUUUCUUAACAUUUGGGACCUGAGGACUGGGAAGUUCCCCAUCCAUCGUUUUGAGCAUGAUGCAAGAAUACAGGCCCUCGCUCUCAGCCGAGAUGAUGCCACUGUUGCUACAGCUUCUGCUUUUGACGUUGUGAUGUUAUACCCCAACGAGGAGGGGUACUGGCAUAUAGCUGCAGAAUUCGAAGUUCAGAAACUGGUGGACUACCUUGAAAUAGUUCCAGAUACUGGGAGGUAUCCUGUGGCAAUAGCCACUGCUGGAGACCUGGUGUACCUGCUAAAGGCCGAGGACUCAGCCAGAACACUCCAUUAUGUCUACGGCCAGCCUGUCACAUGUCUGGAUGUCUCGGCCAGCCAGGUUGCCUUUGGCGUGAAGAGUCUGGGAUGGGUGUACGAAGGAAACAAGAUCCUGGUGUACAGCCUGGAAGCAGAGCGUUGCCUCUCGAAGCUGGGGAACGUGCUCGGUGACUUCACCUGUGUCAACCUGCGAGACAGCCCUCCAAACCUCAUGGUCAGCGGCAACAUGGACAGGAGGGUGAGGAUCCACGACCUCCGCACCGAUAAAAUCGCCCUGUCUCUGUCCGCCCAUCAGCUGGGGGUCUCUGCAGUCCAGAUGGAUGACUGGAAGAUUGUGAGCGGAGGCGAGGAGGGCCUGGUGUCUGUGUGGGAUUAUCGAAUGAACCAGAAGCUAUGGGAGGUACACUCCAGGCACCCUGUACGACAUAUCUCAUUCAACAGCCACAGCCUCAUCACCGCCAAUGUGCCCUAUGAGAAGGUGGUGAGGAAUUCCGACCUGGACAACUUUGCCACUCACAGAAGACACCGUGGCCUGAUUCAUGCCUAUGAGUUUGCUGUGGACCAGCUGGCCUUUCAAAGCCCCCUUCCUGUCUGCCGCUCACCCUGUAACACCAUGGCUGGGUACAAUUAUGACCUAGCACUGGCCUUUCCCUAUGACAAUAUUUAGGGAGUCACCUCAUGUGGAAGUAGAAAGAAAAAUAGGAAGUACCAAGUUUAUAAAUUUUAAAAUUGUAAGACAGCUCUGCUAUAUGCAGUGAAGGUUUGGGGUGAUCACCCCCCAGGUGUGCCAUGUGGCCACACCACCUGAGCUGCCUUUGCCUUCCUCCUCUGUCAUCUUGCCUCUGGAGCCACCUGAGCAGAGGUAGAGUCUGUAGAGCUUAUUCCUCCCUGUCUCUGUGGCUUUGAGUAUCACAAUGCUGAUAACUCAAAUUUAACCUUUUGGCAAGCACACCCAGCACAGAGCCUCCUCCCGCUCAGCCUUUUGGGAGCGACACCCCCUGUCAAACACCCCUGCCUUGUUCUGCACACUAGGAACACAGGACCUUGCUGUAGCUCCACAGCACUCAGCUGAGCCCCAACAACCACCUCUUUGGAUCACAUAUAUGAGAUACUUGGGAUGAUCUCCUUUGUGUGUGUGCUGCUGGGGAUAGGACCAGAGCCUCACAUAUGCUAGGCAAGCACCCAACCACCAAAUUACACCCCUAGCUCAGGGUGGUCUCCUCUGACCCCCACAAUACAGCCCAGGACAGUGGUGCUUUUCUUCAUAACUUUACUGUGGCUAACAAUUUAUAUUAUAUAUAUAUAUAUAUAUAUAUAUAUAUGUUAUAUACAUAAAUGUGUUAUUUCACUAAGAACUACUUUGCUUACUGUUCUGCCCACCAUAUGUGAUGCAAAGGAAACAUUUCUUGAAUGUUCACUGACAAAGCAACCACCCCUUCCUGAAAGGGUCUGUGCUACAAGAAAGUGGGGGUGACCUCUAGGAGGAGCCAGGACCUCAGCUUCUAAGGUGAAAUGGUGACAGCCUGGCUACUGGCUUUCCUUCCUUUGAUUCUGAGAAAGCAGCUUCACUGCCUUUGACAGACGCUCUGGCAGCCCCAGCUUACCCUUCCAAAUAGCAAAGCUAGAUCCACAGAGACAACAGCAAGGAGAUCCAGUGAGAACACCCACUCACGCAACCCAGUAGGUAUGUGCAAACUCUAGAAGUACUUCAAACUCCCAUGUACCAGGCACCAAACAUGCCUGUGCCUAUGCACAGGCCACCAGGGCUCAGGCAGAGUCCCAGCCCCAGCAAACACAGCUCCAAGCAGUUCAAAGCAGAAACUCCAAAUGCUUCCAUGUUGGAUCUGUAGAGGGUAAUGAAAAGGGGAAAUACACUUUGUAGCACCGACUGUCCCAAGCCGACUGAGGCCAGGGAACUGGAGAGGAGCUGUGAUUUUGUAGGAAAUAAGGCAGACUCAGACCCUCUAAGCCACACCUCAGAUGCAACAAGAGCGGUAUGGCAGUAAAGCAGGCCUCCUCAGAACAGACCCAGCCCAGCCCAGCCCACACAAAGCAGAAGACAAGCUGCAGCUCCUGCUAAGGAAUGCAGGGUCCCCUGUGGACAGAAGUGUUGUUGACCCAGGAAGGAGUCAGGGUUUUUCUGUCACACAUGAGUAUCUCCAGGAAGUAGUAGUCACUGUGACCUCAGUGCUGGGGGUGGAACCCAGGCCUUACACAUGCUAGGCAAGUGUCUACCACUGGGCUGCACCUCUAGCCAAGGUGCAGUUUCAUGGAAUGAAGGUUUGAGGAACUUUCUCAGGUUAAGACAUUCAGUCCCCAAACAUCCACCUCUAGCUGGACAGGAGGACAGGGUCACCUAAAGAGCCACACUCUGGCCAGGCAGUGCUGCCUCCUCACAGACCCCUCCCAGAGGCCGGCUGCCCGAGCGAGCCUUGCAAUCAAAUGCCUUCACACACAGAAGUGCCCCCAUAGAGGGAUGUCCCCUGCUGGCCUCUUGCUAGGUCUUCUCAAGCUCUCCUCAGUCUGCAGCUGGACCACUAGAGAAAUUGCCUUUGUUCACCAGCAGCAGCCCCUCCCUCUGAUGGGGCAGUCUGUUUUGUGGGUAGUCCCUCUUUCCAAGCUCAGAAACCAUGAAAGGAGUUUGAAGAACUUUUUCCUUUUAAUAUUUUUAUUAUUUUUUGAUGUGUAUGAGUGUUUUGCCUGCAUGUGUUUAAGUGUAUCCAUGUCAUACAAUGCCCAGGGAGGUCAGAAGACAGUGUCAGAUCCCCUGAAACUGGAGUGACGGACGGUUGUUAGCCACCAUAUAGGGGCUGGAAAUCAGAUCCUCAGACCCAGGUCUCUCUGCAAGAGCAGCCAGUGCUCUUGACUGCUGAACCUUUUCUCCAGCCCAGGAGUUGGAAAGCUUUAAAAGCAGUUAGACCCAGAGAACUGCACUAGAAUUAAAACGUUUUCAGUUAGCAUCAGGACUGACAGCUGCUGGGGUAGUGUAGAUUGUUCAAGUACCCUAUUCAGGAAAAGCUUCUGGACUUUGUGAAGGGGAGCUUAGGGACACAGGGCUCACACACAGCAACCAGGUGGGUGGUGGUCUAUGCUGUAAAUUCAGCCUCCUGGGAGAUGCAGCCCUCUUUGGCCAGCAUGUCUACCCCGAUUACACACCCUCUGUCCCCACCUCACCCUUGUCCCCACCAGCUUCUGGGGUUGCUUCUGCUCCACUGGCUCACAGGAUAGGCAGACUCAUGGACUUCCUUGGGUCUGCUCCUGCUUCCGCUUCCUCCUGUGCCUGCCUCUAAUGACAGAAGAUGCUUGUCCAUGGCCCUGGGGACCCAGAGGCAGACCAUGCAUCUCUACAUGCGGCUUCCUCCUGCCUUAUGCACCAGUUCUGCACUGCUAUUAAAAGUUUUGGAUUUACU